AUGUAUUUGAUUUUCUUUUUUCUCUUUCACACAUUUCAUAUUCUUUCUUUCUUCCUUCCUUUCUUUUCACCCCCACCUCUUAUUCAUCCAAUAUUAUUCUUUCUCUCUCACGUAUUUGAUUUUCUUUUUCUCUUUUUUUUUUUUCUUUCACACAUUUUUCAAUAUUUCUCUCAUGUAUUUGAUUUUCUUUUUUUCUUUCCUUUCUUUCUUUUUUCACCCCCACCUCUUAUUCAUCCAAUAUUAUUCUUACACGCUGGCCUAUCUAUCUAUCUAUCUAUCUAUCUAUCUAUCUAUCUAUCUAUUUCAGUUUAUUCAUAUCUAUCUAUAUAUCUAUCUAUCUAUUUAUCUAUUUCCUUUAUUCAUAUCUAUCUAUCUAUCUAUGAAAGAUUAUUCAUAUCUCUAUCUAUCUAUCUAUCUAUCUAUCUAUCUAUCUAUCUAUCUAUCUAUCUAUCUAUCUAA